GCGACUCACUUGACUUUUGAUGGUGAUCACUACCUGCUCGAAUUAUCCAUCGGAUCCAUCUGGCCUCGCAAAUAUACCGUCAUCAUCGAUACAGGCUCGAAUGGCGUCUUCAUCGGAGCAUCCAAAGCACAGCCAUUUGUGCCCUCUCGCUCGACGAAAACUACCGUUGAGCCUUUCCAGCAAGCUUUCAUUGAUCGUUCUCGGGUCACCGGC